CUAGCUUAAUGCUAACAAAACUAGCAUCGAUGUCGCAGUAGUUGUAACCCUUUAAGCAAUGCAAAAUGAUCAUUAUUAUAAUUAUUAUUACAGCACCGAGCAACAGCGGUGGCUAUACAGUGCUUUCUGCCUGUACUUUACAGGGACUUUAAACGCGGGGGGCCGCGGCGGCUCUGCUCGUUCAUUUGCCGCUCGGAGACAGACGAGCUGUGAAUUGUACAUGACAUCAUCACGAGCGCAGACCACAUGGGCAGCUCCCUUACACUGCGACUGGUCAAACGCGCACACACAAACAAGCCAACAUUUAGGCGUCGCGCGCACACGCACGCACACGCACGCACACGGUCUCCUUCAAUCUCAUUCACCGAAGGACAAAACGCGAAACGAAGAUGAGCGUGGCUCUGAUCGUCGACCGGCAGCUCAUCCAAAACUUCUGGGAGACGCGAAUCGACCGGCACGAGCGCAACGCCGCCUGCGAGGAGCGCAGGCGCAACGGCAGCGCGCUGCACAAGCUCCGCGAGGAGUGGCUGGUCCGUCUGGAGACGAGGAAUAAUCAUCUGGAGAGCCUGAAGGACAACUACUGCUUGGAAAAAGAUGAAAUUAGAGCCCGCUGGCUUGCGCGACGUCCGUCUGGGCCUCAAACCAACUCAGAAUAAAU